AUGGCCCCGAAUAAACAGCCCAAGAUUUGCCUGGAUGUGGCAGUCGACCAUCGGAUCAGACGGCUUUUCAAGCCUGUUUCUGAUGACCUGACAGAACCUUCCAAUCAUGUCUCCCACAUUGAGGCACGAGGGCUGUCACUGAAGCGAUCCCACAGCGAGAUCCAAGUUACUAGUCAGCUUGCAGGCCCAGCAAUGAAGGGCGGCAUAGCCGUCGUUCUGCAGCAGCCCCGGCACAAUCAUCCAUUCGAGGAGGGUCUCAGUGCCGUCAUUGACAACUGCGAAACUCUCUAUGCUCUUGAUGAUAUAUUUUCUGCCGUCUCCUGCGAGUCCCUAAGCAUUCGGACUAACAUCACCGUCGUCGACUUGCUGUCCUACAUGUCCGAAGACAUAGCAAGUAUCGGCGAUGAGAUCCUGAGAGAAUCAUUUCGUGCGUCAGCACACAUUAUUCUUGAUAAGGAGCCCUCUAUCUUGCUCUGCGCGGGUAAGUUCUGGCUACCAAAUGGGCGCGGAUUUGAUGGCCCAAAGGGGGAUGCCUGGAAGUUUGAAAGCAUCGGCGUUGGGAAGAAGUUUGGUAUCUCUUCCAAAGCCCCCGUUCAAUUGAGGAUCCGUCAUAGGGAGAGGGGGUUUGUUGCCAUUCAUAGGAUAAACGGAUUCCACCCAAGCUAUGCAAUGAACUAUCACCCGCAUGUCAGUAUUUUGAGGCAGCUUCAGAUCUUGAUAGGUGCCGAGACUUGUGCGAUGCUAAGAGGAGACUGGGAAGACGAAGAGUGGAUGGAUAAAUUGAGGCGUCGCUGCCAUGACUUUUCCAAAGAACAGGCAGAGUCGCCAAACCAAUCGUCUCGGCCGCAGAGCCCGGGCGAAAGCACAAUCAGACGCAAUGGUGCCAAGUAUUUGCCAUGGUACCAAGAGCUCUACUCUGAGAAGCUGGACAGCAUACAUAACUGUGUCCAGUCCCUUAUUUCAGAAUCAACACUGGCAAUAACGUCGUCCACGGAGCUUUACGAAGCCCUGCUCACCAGCGGUCUAAGCGAAAUUUGUAAUGAUGCAACCCUUAUCUUGCACCAAAUGUCUCGUUUACAGCACGAAGGGUGGCCCGACUCCGUAGGCUGGAAAAACAAGGCCGCCCUAAAGGAAGCCGCAAGUGAUACAGUACGAUUCACCAAGGGGCUGCUUAAAGCCACUGAGUCUGGCAAAGCCACGCAGUUCGCGAAGAUUAUCCAAGAGGGAGCAAGCUAUGUCCUCAGGAGCAUAUUAACGAGUGUGGGGGGCAGACGACUCCAGUAUGAGCUGGACCUCGAACAAGCUUCCGCGGCAUUUCUCAGGAUCGCUAUGAAUAUCGAACACUACUCAUGGAUCUCCUACUAG